AUGAAUCUACAGACAGAGAACGGCGCAGUGGCUGCUUCCGCAGCAGCUCUUGAUGCUGUUGCUGGACAACACGUUCCCCAAGAAGCCGGUCCCGCUUUCGACACUGCCACCGCUGCGGAUAGCGCGCCUGCGGGGCCAGCAGACGCUUCUGUGAACCACGAAGGGUCUGACCUGCCAACACGAGAGUCACAGCAGAAGGAGCCGCUUCUUAAAGCCGAAGACAAACAAGAUGGGGACGAGGACAGCGGUGACGUUUCGCUCGCCGUUGGAGGGGACCAAGCCAAAGAGGAGAGCGGCAUCAUGGGGGUGGUGCUAGCCUUGCUGCUUUCCUUUGUUUUCCCGCCCAUCGGUUGCCUUGCCUUCUGCUUCAGCCUGCGGUACCCCGAGAACUCGCGACGAUAUUUCUGGGCAGUGAGAGCUCUGGAGCUGGGGAGUCUGUUGUCGUUUUUGUAUUCCCUGUUGCUGGUCAUGCUGCUUUCUGAUCUCAAGCUCGUUUACACGCAGAACGACAAGGCUCACUUUGGAGUCGGGUACUGA